UGGAAGCAUGAAGACGAUCGCGGAGAAUGCUUUGUUUCGGACAGCUGGGACUCCCGCCAGCACGUUGAACCCUGAAGAACAAGUUAUCAUGCGCCAGAAGUUGAAUGGGACUGAUAUUGGUGUCCUAGUCGUGUACUUCAUUUUUGUCCUGUUUGUAGCACUCUGGGCUAUGUAUAAGACGAAGAGGAACACUGUCAAAGGUUACUUCCUGGCUGGCAGGAACAUGACUUGGUGCCCCAUUGGAGCAUCGCUGUUUGCCAGCAAUGUUGGAAGUGGCCAUUUCAUUGGUCUGGCUGGGAGUGCUGCUUCAUCGGGCAUUGCUGUCAGCGCCUACGAGUGGUGUGGAAUGUAUGCCUUGAUGAUGCUCGCCUGGCUCUUUCUUCCCAUAUACAUUGCAGCUGGAGUCACCACUAUGCCAGAAUAUUUACUAAAACGAUUUGGGGGCCAAAGAAUUCAUUUCAUCAUCGCUAUGCUUUCAUUAUUUGCAUAUAUAUUUACAAAAAUAUCGGUUGAUAUCUAUGCCGGAGCUAUCUUUAUUCAACUUGCUUUACAAUGGGACCUGUAUAUUGCUGUGAUUGGCCUACUCAUCUUAACUGCAAUCUACACAGUGGGAGGUGGGCUGGCUGCAGUAAUAUACACGGACACACUGCAAACAGGGAUCAUGCUGCUAGGAGCUCUGGUUCUUAUGAUAUAUGCUUUUAUUGAAGUUGAUGGUUACUCAGGCCUCAAAAAGAAAUACUUCCAGGCCAUCCCCAAACUGCAUGUAACAAAUUCAUCCUGUGGCAUGCCAAGGCAUGAUGCCUUUCACGUCUUCCAAGAUCCAAUUAACUCUGAAUAUCCAUGGUCAGGUGUAAUAUUUGGAGCAACUGUAAUUAACACUUGGUAUUGGUGUACAGAUCAGGUCAUUGUCCAGCGAUCGCUUUCUGCUAAAUCAAUUCUCCAUGCCAAAGGUGGAAGCUUGUUUGCAGCCUAUUUGAAGAUCUUCCCAAUUUUCAUAAUGGUGUUUCCAGGCAUGAUCAGUCGAGUGCUUUAUCCCGAUCUUGUGGCUUGUGCAGAUGAACAUACCUGUCGUAGAGUUUGUGGCAAUCCAAUUGGGUGCACUGAUAUCGCUUAUCCACUGCUUGUAAUGCAGCUGCUCCCUGGAGGAGCACGGGGCCUAAUAGUUGCAGUCAUGAUUGCUGCUCUCAUGUCCUCCCUCACUUCAAUCUUCAAUAGUGCAAGUACAUUAUUUACGAUGGACAUCUGGCAUCACGUCCGGCCCCGCUGCUCUGAGUGGGAGCUCAUGAUUGUUGGCAGGAUAUUUGUGUUGAUCCUAGUGGUGGUAUCUGUUUUGUGGAUUCCUCUGGUGCAAGCAAGCCAAGGUGGCCAACUCUUUAUAUACAUCCAAUCCAUUACCUCCUACAUAACCCCACCAAUCGCAGUGGUCUUUGUGUCUGGCUGCUUUUGGAAACGAGCUAAUGAGAGUGGUGCAUUUUGGAGCCUUGCUGCCGGAUUUAUCGUUGGGUUUACUCGACUGAUUUUGGAUUUUGUCUACAGUGCACCGCCAUGUGGAGCAGCAGACACACGGCCAUUAGUUACUAGCAAAGUUCAUUUCUUGCAUUUUGCGCUCCUCCUCACUCUCGUCUCUCUGAUUGUGAUGGUGGUCAUGACUUUCUGCAGUCCAGCCCCGCAACCAGAACAGAUCAGUCAGUUGACCUGGUACACACGCUUUGACAAAUCACCAGAGAAAGAUUCAGAAGUAAAUGUUGCGAUGACUGAAGACACACAUCAACGACCAGAUGAACACACAACACAUCAGAUCACCAAAGAAGAAGGCGACAUUGUGCAAGGUGUGACGUCAAAGCUAAUACGCUUUCCCAUGUGGUUCUGUGGGAUGAACACGAAACGUGUGGACGCUGCUUUUAUUAUGGAUGAAGAAAAAAAUACUCUCACACUGUACGAGAGUCGCCGCAUGCGCUACGUUGUAAAUAUUAAUUUGGUAAUUUGUAUGUGUUCGACAAUCUUCCUUUAUGUUUAUUUUGCUUGAGACAAUAAAAUAAAUGUAUGUUUACAAAGUAAUAUAUCCUUGA